GGUUUGGGAGGGAGGCUGCGAGGAGGGGCGCGGUGCCCGCCGCCGCCACCGCAGCACCGCACAGCGUCUCUCCUGGGGGUGCGCCCUACGCCGGGGACCCAGCGCUCGGGCACCGGAGGCCGGCCUGGCACUGGUGCGGAGGCCGGCUCUCGCGAGGUGAGGAGGAAACGCUGGAGGAAGAGGAGAAGGAGAAGGAGGAGAAGGAGGAGGGCCGGAGCUGCCCCCGCCCCCCCGGAGCCCGGCAGGAGCGCGAGGAAAACCUACUCCCUCCGCCCCGCGCCGCACUCCCCGCCCUCACCCACGCCUUCCGCUUUCACCUAGGGCUGUAGGUGCGGCGCGGAGACUGGGCGGGAGCUACGCCGGCCCAAGCCCAGCCGGGGACCAGCAAGCCGGGAGGAGGAGCAGGCGCCACAGCCGCCUCGCGCCCCGCGCCCCGCGCCCGCUUGUAAUCCGGUCCGCUCCUUAUUCAGCCGCCGGGAACUGCGAGGAGGCGUCAUGUAGCAGCAGUAGCAAAUCCGCCUCGCAUUUGCAACUCUUUUUUUUUUUUUUUGGUGGGGCGGGGGUCGCGCGGCAAAAUUGUAUCUCCGCCCCCCCUUUUCUUGCCCACUUCCAUUUGCAAGCUGCAUCUGCCUCUCUAAAAAAAUUGAGUUCGGGGAAGGGCAGGGGGCCAUACAUCAGAGUUGGACCUGCAAUAACCCCCACACCUACAGGGCAACCAUGACCGAGGAGAGCUCUGACGUUCCCAGGGAGUUGAUAGAAAGCAUAAAGGAUGUUAUUGGCAGAAAGAUAAAAAUUUCAGUGAAGAAGAAAGUGAAGUUGGAAGUUAAGGGAGACAAAGUUGAAAACAAAGUGCUGGUGCUUACAUCAUGCCGAGCCUUCCUUGUAACAGCGCGAAUCCCCACCAAGCUCGAAUUAACCUUCAGCUACUUGGAGAUUCAUGGCGUCAUUUGCAGCAAGUCAGCUCAGAUGGUUGUGGAAACUGAGAAGUGCAGCAUUUCCAUGAAGAUGGCGUCGCCCGAGGACGUGAGUGAGGUGCUGGCUCACAUAGGCACCUGCCUGAGGAAGAUAUUUCCUGGCCUCUCUCCAGUGAGAAUCAUGAAAAAAGUCUCCAUGGAGCCAUCUGAGCGCCUGGCUAGUCUCCAGGCACUGUGGGACAGCCAGACCGUGGCUGAGCAGGGCCCCUGUGGUGGAUUUUCUCAGAUGUAUGCCUGUGUUUGUGACUGGCUUGGAUUUUCAUACAGGGAAGAAGUACAAUGGGAUGUGGAUACAAUUUAUCUUACCCAAGACACCAGGGAAUUGAAUUUACAAGAUUUUAGUCAUCUUGACCACAGGGACCUAAUACCUAUCAUUGCUGCUCUGGAAUAUAAUCAGUGGUUCACAAAGCUGUCCUCUAAGGAUCUAAAACUGUCCACUGAUGUCUGUGAACAGAUCUUGAGGGUGGUGAGUAGGUCCAAUCGACUGGAAGAAUUGGUGUUGGAAAAUGCUGGACUUAGAACAGAUUUUGCACAAAAACUGGCCAGUGCUCUAGCACAUAAUCCCAACUCAGGACUCCACACAAUUAACCUUGCUGGCAACCCACUGGAGGAUAGAGGUGUGUCCUCUUUAAGUAUUCAAUUUGCCAAACUCCCAAAGGGAUUAAAGCAUUUAAAUUUAUCUAAAACCUCAUUAUCACCUAAAGGGGUGAACAGCCUUUCUCAGUCACUCAGUGCCAAUCCAUUGACCGCCUCUACCCUUGUCCACCUCGACCUCUCAGGGAACGUCCUUCGUGGAGAUGACCUCUCACACAUGUAUAAUUUUUUGGCCCAGCCAAAUGCCAUUGCUCAUCUGGAUUUAUCCAAUACAGAAUGUUCCCUGGACAUGGUCUGUGGAGCUCUUCUCCGAGGAUGCCUUCAAUAUUUAGCUGUGCUCAACCUCUCCAGAACUGUCUUCUCUCACCGGAAAGGAAAAGAAGUACCUCCAUCUUUCAAGCAAUUUUUUAGUAGUUCUCUGGCUUUGAUGCACAUCAACCUUUCAGGCACAAAACUGUCUCCUGAGCCCUUAAAAGCACUGUUAUUAGGCCUGGCUUGUAAUCAUAACUUGAAAGGGGUUUCUCUGGAUCUCAGCAACUGUGAGCUUGGCCAUUGUCUGAGAUCAGGAGGUGCUCAAGUAUUAGAAGGUUGCAUUGCUGAAAUACACAACAUCACCAGCUUAGACAUCUCUGACAAUGGUUUAGAAUCUGACCUAUCUACCUUAAUAGUGUGGCUCAGUAAAAACAGAUCAAUACAACACCUGGCGUUAGGCAAAAAUUUUAAUAAUAUGAAAUCCAAAAAUCUGACACCUGUAUUGGACAACUUAGUACAGAUGAUUCAAGAUGAAGAAUCACCUCUGCAGUCCUUGUCCCUGGCUGACUCGAAACUCAAGACUGAGGUCACCAUCAUCAUCAAUGCCCUGGGAAGCAACACCUCCCUGACCAAAGUGGACAUUAGCGGCAACGGAAUGGGGGACAUGGGAGCGAAGAUGCUGGCCAAAGCACUGCAGAUCAACACUAAGCUCAGGACUGUAAUAUGGGACAAGAACAACAUCACUGCACAAGGCUUUCAAGAUAUAGCUGUUGCUAUGGAAAAGAACUACACAUUAAGAUUUAUGCCAAUUCCUAUGUAUGAUGCUUCUCAAGCCCUAAAAACAAACCCUGAAAAAACAGAAGAUGCUCUGCAAAAGAUAGAAAACUACCUGCUACGAAAUCAUGAGACUAGAAAAUACCUUCAAGAGCAGGCCUACCGCCUGCAGCAGGGUAUUGUCACCAGCACCACCCAGCAGAUGAUUGACAGAAUAUGUGUGAAAGUACAAGAUCAUCUCAACUCCUUACGAAAUUGUGGGGGAGAUGCUAUCCAGGAAGAUUUAAAAUCAGCAGAGCGGCUCAUGCGUGAUGCUAAGAACUCUAAAACGUUGUUACCAAAUUUAUACCAUGUUGGUGGUGCAUCUUGGGCGGGAGCCAGUGGCUUACUAUCCAGUCCAAUUCAGGAGACCCUGGAAUCAAUGGCUGGAGAAGUUACAAGAGUAGUAGAUGAACAACUAAAGGCGUUGCUUGAGUCCAUGGUUGAUGCUGCUGAGAAUCUUUGUCCCAAUGUGAUGAAAAAAGCUCACAUUCGACAAGACUUGAUUCAUGCCAGCACCGAAAAGAUUUCUAUUCCACGUACCUUUGUUAAAAACGUCCUGUUGGAGCAGUCUGGAAUUGAUAUCCUUAACAAAAUUAGUGAAGUAAAGUUGACAGUGGCCUCCUUCCUGUCUGAUCGAAUUGUGGACGAAAUCCUGGAUGCACUCUCACAUUGCCAUCAUAAACUGGCUGACCAUUUCAGCAGACGUGGCAAGACCCUUCCUCAACAAGAAUCCUUAGAGAUUGAGCUGGCUGAGGAGAAGCCAGUUAAACGUUCCAUCAUCACAGUGGAGGAGCUAACAGAGAUAGAGCGUUUGGAAGAUCUGGAUACCUGUAUGACUCUCUGCUGUACAAGUAUGACCCCUAAAUCCAAAAGGAAGAGUAUCCACAGCCGAAUGCUGCGGCCUGUUUCUAGGGCCUUUGAAAUGGAGUUUGAUUUAGAUAAAGCGCUGGAAGAGGUACCGAUUCACGUUGAAGACCCGCCGUUCCCAUCCCUCAGACAGGAGAAGCGGAGCUCGGGAUUUAUCUCUGAGUUGCCCUCCGAAGAGGGGAAGAAGCUGGAACACUUUACCAAGUUAAGGCCAAAAAGGAAUAAGAAGCAGCAACCCACCCAAGCAGCGGUCUGUGCUGCCAACAUAGUCUCCCAAGAUGGUGAACAGAAUGGUCUCAUGGGGAGAGUGGAUGAAGGUGUAGAUGAAUUUUUUACCAAGAGGGUGACCAAAAUGGAUUCCAAGAAAUGGUCAACAAGAGGCUCAGAGUCCCAUGAGCUUAAUGAAGGAGGAGAUGAAAAGAAAAAGCGAGAUUCUCGGAAAAGUAGUGGCUUUCUCAAUUUAAUCAAGUCCCGGUCCAAAUCUGAGCGACCACCAACGAUCUUGAUGACAGAAGAACCCUCCUCACCAAAAGGGGCAGUCAGAAGUCCACCUGUGGACUGUCCCAGGAAGGACACAAAGGCCGCUGAGCACAAUGGCAAUUCUGAACGGAUAGAGGAGAUAAAAACACCUGACUCCUUUGAAGAGAGUCAAGGGGAAGAAAUUGGGAAGGUGGAACGGAGUGACAGCAAGAGCAGCCCCCAGGGAGGGCGGAGGUAUGGGGUCCAGGUGAUGGGCAGUGGUCUGCUGGCAGAGAUGAAAGCCAAGCAAGAGAAGAGAGCUGCAUGUGCACAGAAGAAGCUUGGGAAUGAUGCCGUAUCCCAGGAUUCCUCCAGCCCAGCCUUGAGCAGCGUAGAGCGGUUGGAUGGAGGUGGGGCAGUGCCUAAACUGCACCCAGGUCUUCCAGAGAACCGCUUUGGUUUGGGAACACCAGAAAAGAAUACCAAAGCAGAACCCAAAGCGGAAGCAGGCUCCAGGUCUCGGAGCUCAUCCAGCACACCUACCAGCCCGAAGCCCCUCCUGCAGUCCCCCAAACCCAGCCUGGCAGCACGGCCCGUCAUCCCGCAGAAACCAAGAACCGCCUCACGGCCUGAUGACAUUCCAGACUCUCCAUCUAGCCCGAAAGUUGCCCUUCUUCCACCUGUCCUGAAAAAAGUUCCUUUAGACAAAGAGAGAGAUGGCCAGAGUAGCCCCCAGCCCAGCCCCAGGACAUUUUCACAGGAAGUAGUGCAAAGAGGAGAUUAUUACAAAAGACAUUCAGAUCAUGACAGUGGCAAGCCUUCCAGUAGAGGGAAAAGAUCUUCAAAACUGUACUCCACCAUUGCAGAAGAGGAAGUGAAUGCAAUUGGGCACAGGAAGUCACAGCCAACAAAUGUUUCAAGGAGAAGCUGGGGCCAGCAGGCCCAGGAGUAUCAAGAACAAAAGCAACGGUCCUCCAGUAAAGAUGGCCAUCAAGGCAGCAAAUCUAGUGACUCCGGGGAAGAAGCAGAAAAAGAGUUUAUUUUUGUGUAAAGGUCACCCAUGCAGAAGUCUUCCUGUGCAGGGUGCUUUGGUAGCCAUCAGAGAGGAACCAAGGGCAACAUCUUUUCUUCCCAGGCAUUCUUCUCUGGGUGCUUUAUUCUCUUCUUUUUCUUUAUUUCUCCCCCACCCUCAUCCCCUGCCCCUUUUUUUUUUUUUUUUUUUUGUAUAGAAACAGAUCCAUUUCUUGGUAAUCAAAGCACAUUUGUUUGGUCUUCCUCCAACCCUUUACAUUUGAUUUCUAAACAUUCCUUCAUAUGCCUUUAAUGAAAGCCAGCAAUUAUCCCAUGGGCCCUACUUGAAUUUAUCUGAGGCAGCUACAGAUUGCCCUGCAAGAUGAGUUUUUGGAGAUAAAUGAAAUAACUGGACACACACUCACACAAGUAACACCACAGCAGACCUCGGAGUACUGCUGAGUGUACCUGUGUCAAAUCUGCACAGGACUCAAUAUAGCAAUUUAUUCUUGAUGUAUGCAAUUGCACAUUGUAAUUAUAUUAACAGAGCACACUAAUAAUUUGUAUAGAUUAUAUAUAUUAGAUCUUGGGUAUGGUUUUUACCUUCUCCCAUGGGGAACUUCUUCCUUCCUGAUGUGGAAUUGUACAUUUAAAGCUUGGUCGGUGACCUUUGCAUACCAUCAACAAGCACAGCUAAGAACAGAGUGAGAGAGGCCCACGGCUGAUUUUACCACAUGCCCAGAUUAAUGUAUAUAGUUGACUGGAAUGAGGUUUUAUGAAUAUUCAUGUUUUUGAAGGCCUUUAAUUUCUGUCUGCAUAUUAGCUUUUAAUGUGUGAUUUUAAGAGAGAAUACUUUGACACCUGUAAAAAUCAAAAUACUACUCUUUAUAAGACAUUUCACAAAUAUUCACUUACAUUACAGGCUGGAAGUAUUUUAUUCAUAUGUAUAUUUAUACCAAUAAAAUGAUUUUACAAGUGG